AUGUCCGGCUUCGCGUUCCAGAGGCACGACCCCUUCGCCCUCGAAGAAGACCUCUUCCUCAGGGAUCCCUCCUCCUGCCUCAACCUCCCGCUCCCGCCGCCGCAGCCCGGGUUCUUCUCCGGCGACACUUCCUUCCUCCCUUCCACCCUCAGUGGCUUCCCCGCCGCCUCCUCCUCCUCCUCGGAAACGAUGCCCAGUCCGGCGGAGAAGAAGAGAAAGCAGACCCAGAGCGGUGACUCGGCACAAUUCAACGUGGGCAGAAGAACCCGCUUUGAUUUUUACACCUCCAUACUUGAUUUCAUCAAGUUUUCUCAUCUGGUUCAGCUUCUCCUUCGUCCUCCAAUUUGCAGGAUGCGGACGAGGCCAAGCGCAGGAAGCGGAGGAAAAGCGGGUCUCCGGCGAAGGAGGUGGCGGCGGCAGCAGCAUGGGAGUUCCCCGCCGGGUAUAUUCAUGUGAGGGCAAGGAGGGGCGAAGCAACCGAUAGCCACAGUCUCGCAGAAAGGGUAAUUUUAGAACACUCUUAAGAACACAUUUUUAUUGUAUAACUCAAAUUAUAAGUCAUCCCACACGCUGUUAAUUAGUUUCAAGUUGAGCCCAAAAACAAAUCUCUACCCUUCGAUCGGCUAAUGUCAUAAAUUAAAUAUUCAUUUAUUCAUUUAUUCAUUUAUUCAUUUAUUCAUUUAUUCAUUUAUUCAUUUAUUCAUUUAUUCAUUUAUUCAUUUAUUCAUUUAUUCAUUUAUUCAUUUAUUCAUUUAUUCAUUUAUUCAUUUAUUCAUUUAUUCAUUUAUUCAUUUAUUUAUUCAUUUAUUCAUUUAUUCAUUUUAUUCAUUUUAUUCAUUUUAUUCAUUUAUUCAUUUAUUCGGUACGGCUUCAUUUUAUUCAUUUUAUUCAUUUUAUUCAUUUAUUCAUUUAAAUUCAUUUAUUCAUUUAUUCAUUUAUUCAUUUAUUCAUUUAUUCAUUUAUUCAUUUAUUCAUUUAUUCAUUUAUUCAUUUAUUCAUUUAUUCAUUUAUUCAUUUAUUCAUUUAUUCAUUUAUUCAUUUAUUCAUUUAUUCAUUUAUUCAUUUAUUCAUUUAUUCAUUUAUUCAUGAAUUUUGAACAUUUAUUUACAAUUCAGGGCUUGUGGCUACUAUCUCAAGUUUUACCUUGUGUCUUCCUCAUAGGCAAGGAGGGGCAAGAUAAGUGAGAAGAUGAGGACUCUCCAAAGUCUCGUCCCCGGCUGCGACAAGGUGACGACCAGCAAGGCCUCAUCAUCUUAUUAGGGUUUUUAAUAACUCAGAUUGGCUCGAUCCCUCGUAGUCUUUCCACAAGCUCUAAUUGCGGUAAAAAUAUGAAGUCAUGAAACUUAAAACUAAGCAAGGGGAGUAGGGUUGACUUUUUAAUGCCCAUAUCAUUCGUUCUUGACAUAUCAUGUUACCUAUAAGUUGAUUCUUAGGGGUGGACAAUAUUAUUCGAAUGUGGGAAGAAAUUGCUUGAUUUUGAUGUUAUUUAUGGAAAGGAUGCAAUCAUUUGUUUUACUUUUUAUAUUAGCAUAUAAUCUAUGGUGCGGAAGGUAAAUACUACUUUCUUUAUCAUAUGAUUGUUUAACGAUUAGCCAGAAAACUUGUCGUAUAUGUCUAUGUAAAUAUAUAUAUAUGCGUAUCCGUCUUUGUUUCUCUCUCUAGAAUGUGCACGGAAGGCCAUGUUGAUUUUGACUUAAUCAUGGUUUGCUUUGACACCUAUUAUAUCGUAGUUGAUUAAAGGAGUUUAUGACGUCUCUAAUGUUGGGUGUCAAAUGGUGGAAGGUGAUUGGUAAGGCCCUCAUGCUUGAUGAGAUCAUCAACUACGUGCAAUACUUGAGGAACCAAGUGGAGGUACCAACAUUGCGGCCCUCUAUGUUUCUCUCUCUUCUCUGUAUCUAGCUUGAGUAACGAUUGGGCAAUUCAUCAUGAGGCAGUUCCUAUCUUUCAAGUUGGAUGCUCUUAAUCCAGUGUUCUUCAGCUCUUACACGGAUUUGGAUCACCUGAUCAAGUUAGAGGUAUGAUCAUAGACCCCACAUGUAGAUCUUCACAUGUCAUAUUUUUUAAAAUUAAAAUAUCAGUAUUUAAUAUUAUCUUGUGCAUGUUGGCAUAAACCCACGUUAUACUUAUUUUUAGCUAUUUACAUUGGUAUCAAAAUUUGUGGUUAUAUUUUUACAUUCUUAAAUAAUAAAGCGAAUUUUCGAGCCCAAUUUUUCCUUGUGUUCACAUUCUCUCUCUCUCUCUCUCUCUCUCUCUCUCUCUCUCUCUCUCUCUCUCUCUAUCUCUCUCGGUAUUUUUCGGGCUUUUCUACAGCCUGUAUCUGGUCGAGGCCCGGCCCAGCUCCUGGUUUUCCCCUACGGAGCCAGGCUAGAACACCUAGCCUACGAUUUAGCCGAAUAUAGAAAACUUAGUUUGAAUCAUCGUUGACUUAUCUUGAGCUGAGUAGGUAAAAUAUUUAGGGGUUUAAUGGCGACGACUUUUUGUUUGAGAUGGCAGAACGUAGAGAUGCCGCCGGCGCCGCCACCCGCUCCUCAGCCGUCUCCCUUCUUCGACAAUGGGGACGACGACCGUCUGGUACAGGAGUCUUCAGCGGCCCUGGUUUUCCUGCACGGCCAGGGCCCUCAUGCCUUCCCUCAGGUCUCUCUGCAUGGAUUGCAUUUACAGUAGAGAGAGAAAGAGUGAGAGAGAAAGAGAGAGAGGGGGACGGUGUGUCCUUUGAAAGAUGUUCCCUGACGGUGCACUGUGCUGCUUCUACGAGCACAGUACGACUAUCAAACGCAUCCGUCAGGUUUCUACAUGGAGGAACAGUCAGGGGGGGGGGACGGAAUGGAGACUUUGUGGCAUUCAAGACAGGAACUGACACAGGAGAGAGAGAGAGAGAGAGAGAGAGAGAGAGAGAUCCUGAGGUAACAAUACACGGAGACAGUCAAGAGUCUGGGGUAGGGAGGGUUGGAAGGAGAGAGAAGAGAAAUAGCGAGAGAGAGAGAGAGAUCCUGAGGUAAUAAUACACGGAGACAGUCAAGAGUCUAGGGGUAGGGAGGGUUGGAAGGAGAGAGAAGAGACAUAGAGAGAGAGAGGGAGAGAAAUUUUGUGCCCUUCAUAGAUAGAGAGAGACUGGCAGAGAGGGCUAGUAAGAGAGGGAGAGGGAGAGGGAGAGAGAGAGAGUGGGGGAAGUGGGGGCUCCCAUAGAUAUCGUCAUUGACAAAGACCACUGUGUAUGUGCAUUUCAGGAAGGGGAGAGGAGCUACGCGAUGCAACUGGGAGACCAGAUGCGGGGCCUCCUCCAUCAAGUGGAGCUCGGCAUUUGCCCCUUCCAGUAG